AUGAUGGCUAAAGGGAGUUCGAUAUGUUCCAACCGGAGGCAUUGUCCCGCAUUUUUGAAUAUCAGCUGCGGAUCCCCCUCGCCCACGGUUUGCGGCUCACAUCCUCCAUUCUCCGGUGGUGGGACCUUUAGCUGCGCGUCACGCAGAAGCCUCCUUCAAGUCUCGAGAGAGAUGGUGAAAAUGGGGGUGCUCGCCGACACUCUGAAGACCAUCUCCAACGCGGAGAAGCGCGGGAAGAGGCAGGUGCUGAUCCGGCCAUGCUCCAAGGUUGUGGUCAAGUUCCUGCAGGUUAUGCAGAAGAACGGCUACAUCGGGGAGUUCGAGAUCGUGGACGACCACCGCGCGGGGAAGAUCGUUGUAGAGCUGACCGGCCGUAUCAACAAGUGCGGCGUCAUCUCCCCCCGGUUCGAUAUGCCUCUCCAAGAUGUCGAGAAGUGGGUAAACAACCUGCUUCCCGCACGUGGGUUCGGACACAUCGUCUUGACGACCACGUUCGGCAUCAUGGACCACGAGGAGGCGCGCCGCAAGCACACCGGUGGCAAGAUCCUCGGCUUCUUCUACUAACAACCUGUUCGCCGUAAAUUCCAGGGCAGCGGGGGGCGUGACCGCUACGGGCGGGAAAUCACUGCUGCUGGCCUCAGGAUCGAUCGCGUGUAACUUUUGGAACGAGAUUGUUUCAUUUUGCAUCCGUUUGCCGUUUUUAGCCUCUGUUUUUCUUUAGCUGAUGGGAAGGCAGUGCGUUUUUAAGGAACGGCGGCGGCGGUUGGUUUUUGAGCGCCACUGUUGUUGCGACGACCGUGCGGGGGAAAGGGAGGCUUCUAACCACCAGCGUGUGGACCGGAGAAAAUAAAAAAUGAAAAUAAAAAAUUACAAACACUGGUCCAUGUCAUACACCACCCGCAUGUACCAUACUUGUAGAAGGUGGCUGGCGUGAUUGUGCCACUUACCCGGCGAAGCAUCAGAAUAUCCUCGCUCAAAUGAGCGUCGUGCGGAAUGCGGUGCGGCACCACGGUACACAGAACAGCAGUUGGGACCUGCUGAGUGCUUUUGUUGCAGUCUUGGAAGCACUGGAAGCGCAUAUGGUGUGUGAGGUGUUGUUCCAGUUUCCGACCCCCUGAUCCUACUCUUUGACAUUUUACCAAAGAAGGGGAGGGCUGUUCUGUCGGGUGGACGAGGACGAUAAAACGCGCUCUCGGACAGCGGGCCGUCUGCGUCUCAAAAUUUGCUCCAGUUCUCAUCUGGCAGUACUUGCUGCAAAUCCUCCAUCAUGGCACCACCCUUCUAUCGGUUUGCUGAACCGUGGGCAUCCAAACAAGACUGAAACAUGAAAAUAGGUUCGUCGAAAACUGUAUGUGCUGGUGCGAGUUUCUUCUGUUUCGGCAAAAGCAUCUUGCCUUAAUUUUUGUGGUCUU